UUUGUUUUUUAUUUAUUUUGAUGUGAUAUUAUGAUUACACAUUGCUACAAUAUUUUUGCGUGCUAUCCGCACCGAUUUCAGUGAAAACCAGUCGACUCAAAACCGUUUUUCCGGUCUUCGUUGCCGGUCAACCAAUUUUCGCCCGCCAUCGUCUGAUAUCUAUUCUUCACCGUUUAACCUCCAGGUGCUGUAAUCGAUCGGCAUUUACUAUGUCUAACACGCACAGAAUGCGAUACAAAAAUGAAGGCGUUGACUCUAAAGAAUUGCGUCGCAGGCGUGAAGAAGAAGGCAUUCAGUUGCGCAAGGAAAAGCGAGACAUUCAGCUGUUUAAAAGGCGCAACCUGAAUGAAUUCAUUCAGAAUGACGAUGUUGAUACACCUGUACCAAAUACUAUAACUGAUUGGUCAAACAUAAAUGAUGAAUUGAUCAAACAUUUGUACAGUCUUAAUGAAGAAGAUCAAUUAAAAGCUACUCAAAAGUUCAGGAAAUUGUUAUCAUCUGAACCGAAUCCUCCUAUUGAUGCUGUUAUUAGUACUGGGGUUAUUCCACGAUUUGUGGAAUUUUUGAAAAAUACAACUAAUAGCCAUCUACAGUUUGAAGCAGCAUGGGCUUUAACAAACAUUGCUUCUGGAACAUCAGACCAAACACGUAAAGUAAUGGAAGCUGAUGCUGUACCAGUAUUUAUAUACUUGUUAGAAUCACCUUAUGAAGAUGUACAAGAACAAGCCGUUUGGGCUUUAGGAAAUAUUGCUGGUGAUUCUCCAAUGUGUCGUGACUAUGUUUUGAGUAUGGGUAUUAUGAAGCCAUUAUUAAAACUAUUAAAUAGUUGUUCACGUCUAUCGAUGACUCGUAAUUCUGUAUGGGCAGUAUCCAAUUUAUGUCGUGGAAAAGUGCCACCACCUGAUUUUACAAUGGUAUCGCCUGCUUUACCGGUUUUAGCUGAAUUAUUGAAUCAUUGUGAUGCUGAUGUUUUGGCAGAUACUUGUUGGGCUUUAUCUUAUUUAUCUGAUGGUCCAAAUGAAAAAAUUCAAGCAGUUAUUGAUGCUGGAGUUUGUCCAACUCUAGUUGAAUUACUAAUGCAUACACAAAAUAAUGUAGUUUCUGCUGCUCUUCGAGCUGUUGGUAAUAUAGUGACAGGUGAUGAUGUUCAAACACAAGUUGUUCUAAACUGUUCAGUUUUACCAUGCCUACUUAGUUUAUUGGGAUCAUCCAAAGAAGCUAUUCGUAAAGAAGCUUGUUGGACAAUUUCAAAUAUUACUGCUGGAAAUAAAAAUCAAAUUCAAGCUGUUUUAAAUGAAAAUAUAUUCCCAGCACUCAUUAAUAUUAUGGCCACAGCUGAAUUCAAGACAAGGAAAGAAGCUGCUUGGGCAAUAACCAAUGCCACAUCUGGAGGAACACAAGAACAAAUUCAACAUUUGGUUGAGCAAAAAUGCAUCCCUCCGUUGUGUGACCUUCUAACAGUGACAGAUGCGAAAAUUAUCCAGGUGGCUUUGAAUGGUCUAGAAAAUAUUCUUAAAUUAGGUGAACAAUUAGCUAGGCAAACUGGUGCUAUUAAUCAGUAUGCUGUUCUACUCGAAGAAUGCUACGGUUUGGACAAAAUAGAGUUCCUACAGUCACAUGAUAACAUCGAAAUAUAUCAAAAAGCUUUUGGAAUUAUUGAACGUUAUUUUGGUUCUGAUGAAGAUGAUCCACGUGUUGCGCCAUCCACUCAAGAAACUGAACAAGGAAUUGAACAGUUUGAUUUCAGAGAUCAGAGUGUCCCUAUGACUAGAUUCGAAUUCUAAGAACUGUUACAGGAAAUAUGAUUUGAUUUUAUUCAAUUUGUUCAUGAUUAUUAUUUGCACAUACAAUUUAUAGAAAUAAAACAGACAUUCUCUAACUUUAAAAGAAGAUUAUGACUGUUUGCAUUCAACUACUGGCAUAUUUCCCUAAAAAAAUGAAAUAUAAUUUGAUCGACAUUAAUAAAUUGGUUUUUUUUUUCGACUA